AUGCUUCCGAUUAAUCAAAAUCAAACGCCUUUGCCGCAACACCAACAACUUAGUAAUAAGAUUUCUACGACGACAGAUGUGGUCACCAAUGGUAAAACUCCACACAAUCGUCCAUCGUCGCCGCGUCAAUUUUUUGAACGUCUUUACGGCCAUCUCGAAACGAAUGAAACUGCAUCGAAUGCUGAUCGAAGUGCCAGUUCGACACAAAAUUUAGUUUCAAGUGAAAGUGAUAAAAAUUGUGUCACCGAUUUGAGUGCAACAGUUUGUGAUACCACUUAUCAAAGCGAUGAUGGCAGUCUCUCCUCGCCGGAAAUAUCCAUCAACGAUGAGAGAUCAACAAAUGCCUGUUCGACGUAUGAUCCCUACGGAGCGCACGAAUAUAAUAAAGCUUGCUAUGACACAAGGACGGUAAUGCCAAGCAUUCCCUUUGGAUUUCCUAGUGAACCGCACUUCACCGCCGGUUUUACGGCGUUCUUGGCUCGACGUAGACGGAAGGAAGGUCGCCAACGCCGUCAACGCACCACUUUUAGCACCGAGCAGACUUUGCGGCUGGAAGUGGAGUUUCAUCGAAACGAAUACAUUUCGCGGAAUCGUCGAUUUGAAUUGGCUGAAACGUUGCGCCUUACCGAGACGCAGAUAAAAAUUUGGUUUCAAAAUCGGCGUGCGAAGGAUAAACGGAUUGAGAAGGCUCAAAUUGAUCAGCAGUAUAGAAACUUUGUCGUGGCCAAUGGUUUCAUGACCACAAUAAUGGGACACACAGCAAGCUAUCCACCUCCCAUGCCAAUGAUAACAAAUAUUCACCAGAGUUUUUACCAACAACACGGCCACAGCGGCAAUAACGUUUUACAACCAACAACAACUAGACCGCCACCACCACCACCAGCGCUACAAUCAACGAGUCAGCAGCAAACACGCAACUCGAUAACACCGCAUACAGUUACACCUUCGCUGCAUGGCACUAGCAAUAACAAUGUCAGUGUAACUACCCAGUCAUUUAACACCAAUUUCCAUCCACAAGCAACGACACAUUCCGAGAUGCAGCCACAGUCGCGCACGCCGCUGCUCACCACAAAUCAUCAUGAACGCAUUGAUGUCCAUUACGGCAGUUUAAAUGAGCGCACUUUUUACAAACACACACACGGGAACGCUGAAGGUAGCGGCUUGAAUUCGCUCAUCGAUUCGUGUUAGCCAAUUGUG